AUGCAAUGGUUCGAGAGACACCGUGGGCUAGCCGUCGGGAUCGUCUUUGGGGGCGGGAGUCUAGGCUCUGCCAUUAUGAGUAUUGCGACCAACAUGAUGGUGAAGCAACUACCACUUGAAUGGAUAUUCCGCGUUCUAGCGUUUCUGUUGUGGGGGGUUUGUACUCCAGCUGCAUGCCUUAUCCGACAGCCAUCUCAUGCGAAGAACUCAGUCCCACGCCCACAAUGGUACCGUUUCCGCGAAAAGGAGUUCCUGAUCUUAUUUGUCGGCACCGGGCUGGCUUGCUUUCCUCUUUUUGUUCCCCCAUACUUUAUUCCUAUCUUCGCACGAUCGGUUACCCAUUCGCAGAAUAUCGCAGUCAUCAUGUUGGCCAUUUGGAACGUUGCCUCCACAGUAGGACGGGUGCUGGCCGGCUUCUUGUCGGAUUCAGUUUUGGGUCCGAUCAACAGUCUUAUCCUCUCACUCACGCUGGCCGGGCUCAGUGCACUUGUAAUCUGGCCCUUCUCUAGUACAACCGCCGUGCUAUCCAUAUUCAUUGUACUGAAUGGCUUCGGAUGUGGGGCGUUUUUCAGCCUGGUUCCCAGCACUAUAGGCGCCAUGUUUGGCGGCAAGAACACACUUGGGAUACUACCGAUCAUCUGGGCAGGAUGGUUCGUGGGCUUCUUUUUUGGAUCACCCAUUGCAUCUGGAAUUUAUUCGCUCUCUGGAAAAGCGGACAACGUCGAGUCAUAUCGGCCAGCGGCAUACUAUGCAGGUGCUAUGUCCAUAGUGGGACUUCUUUUCACGAUCGUUCUGCGCUCAAUGUAUUCAACGCACUUGCUCGUUAAAGUAUGA